GAGCCGCUGAGCUGCAGGCUGGGUGUGAGUCGCCAGAGGAAGCGGAGCUGGGCUCCGGUGGUGGCGCAGAACAAGUCACCCACGCAGGCCCGGAAUGGCUGUUCCUGCCCUGCCUGGAAUCCCUGGAAAACCCUUCCCUUUCGCUGUCCCCAAACCCUGCAAGAGCUGGCUGUGCAGCAGAGAGGGCCGGCGGCCCCUCGCAGCCGGAGAAGAUGGUGGAGUACCUGGCCAACACCGAGAUCAACAGCCAGCGCAUCGCGGAGGUGGAGAGCUGCUUCGGGGCGUCGGGGCAGCCGCUGGCGCUGCCGGGCCGCGUGCUGCUGGGCGAGGGCGUGCUGACCAAGGAGUGCCGCAAGAAGGCCAAGCCGCGCAUCUUCUUCCUGUUCAGCGACAUCCUGGUCUACGGCAGCAUCGUGCUCAGCAAGCGCAAGUACCGCAGCCAGCACAUCAUCCCGCUGGAGGAGGUGACGCUCGAGCCGCUGCCCGAGACCCUGCAGGCCAAGAACCGCUGGAUGAUCCGCACGGCCAAGAAGUCCUUCGUGGUGUCGGCCGCCUCGGCCACGGAGCGCCAGGAGUGGAUCAGCCACAUCGAGGAGUGCGUGCGGCGGCAGCUGCUGGCCACCGGCCGCGCGCCCAGCACGGAGCACGCGGCGCCCUGGAUCCCCGACAAGGCCACCGACAUCUGCAUGCGCUGCACGCAGACGCGCUUCUCCGCGCUCACGCGGCGCCACCACUGCCGCCAGUGCGGCUUCGUGGUCUGCGCCGAGUGCUCGCGCGCGCGCUUCCUGCUGCCGCGCCUGUCGCCCAAGCCCCUGCGCGUCUGCAGCCUCUGCUACCGCGAGCUGGCCGCCCAGAAGCGCCGGGAGGAGGAGGAGGAGGAGGAGGAGGAGGAGGAGGAGGAGGAGGGGGGCCAGAGCGCGGGGUCCCCGGCCAGGGCCGGCUGCGGGGCGUCCAGCGGGGAUGACGAGGACUCGGACGAGGACAGGGAGGGCAGCGGGGAUGGCGACUGGCCCAGCCGCGUGCGGUUCUACGACUCCGGCGUCUCCUGGUCCUCCUUCCACAGCUGACCCCCGCCGCACGCCAAGGGGCGGCUCCCUGCUGGUCCCUCCAUCACGCAGACUCCGCUGCCUCUGGGGCUCCUUAGGGGGCGCGGUUCCCCAAGCUCCCCGGCGCCGCGCCCCCAGGACCUGACCCCGCUGGUGGCGGUGCCUGGAGACGGACUCUCACCCUCUGGGGCCCCCCAGUGGCUCUCUUCUGGACACGGGCAUCUUCCUGCUUCCACUUCCGGGAACUGUCUCUGUCCGGCAGCCCCAUCUCAGAGAUCCUCUUGGGGACCGAGGCCUUUUCUCAGCCCUGGGAGCUGCGGCUCCUCCAGUUAGCACGCCCCGGGCACCUUUAGGGGCCGGAAGGAGGCCAGGACCAGGGCGAGGUCCUCCCCUCUCUGAGGCCUGGAACCACAGCUCGUGACCCCAGACCAGGGCACCCCCAGGGGACGAUGCGGUUCGUGGGAGGCCUCUGGGGGCCCUGGGCUCGCCCACCUGCCUUGCCGAUGCUCACCCGCCCGGUCAGCUGUGCAGGUGGGCUCGCCCGGAGCCAGCCGGAGUCUGCCGCACGGGGGGCGCUGCGGGCUGGGGACCACGGCCCGCCAAGGCCUCUCGCCCCGCCUCGGCUCUUCCCAGGUGUGCAGGGGGCUGGUACCCCCCUCAGGCCUCCCCCCUCCCUGUGGCCGGGGAGCAGGUGGGACACUUUCAUUCCAGGUAACAGAAACCUUAGGCAGACUGACUCGAUAAUAAAGAGAGAGAGCCCGG